GAUAUGGCGGUAAAAUGCAUCCAAUUGUAAUUCAGUAUGUUUACACAUAUGAAUAUGACAGUUGUCUUCUUAAUGUUAACGGCAUCUCUCCCAACUCUACCUGCAUUGCUGCCACCGGGGAGCUCCUGAGUGCUCCACAACAUAUUCUUAGGGCUUGGGCAUAGAUUACAUCUUGCUUUUUAAAAUAUGUCUGAGCUGCUGAUCCAUAUGCUACACUUCCAUUAUCCAGUGAUGACCUUAACAUUUAACACCAUUCUAUCUGCCCCCCCACUCCAUUCCUGACAGGAGACGCAUCACAUUCAAUAUUUUCUUUCCUUUGACAACUACUCUGUUAAUAUGCUCUGCCCAUGUCAUUCAAGUCUCAUUCAAGCAUUCAAUGUAUCCCCCACUAUCUCUCUGAUCCAGGACUCCAUGUCUUUGGUCCACACUCCAAUCCAAUUGGUGGCGGUAAUGCACAUUAAAGUUGGUUGCCAACCACGAUUAAACAUCCACCGAAGAAGUCACGUGUGAUUGUUUCUGCAGGAAAUCGACAGUCAGUCGGUCGGUCUUUCAACUGGAAAUGAAUAACCAGCUACAUUUUCACACAUUGAAUAGGUGUCUUAUUAUGUCUACUUUUUGAACUAAGAAAGAAGAUUUAAAAUAAGCAAAGCAAACGUUAGCUAACUUGCCAGGGCAACGCCCUGUCAGUAACAUUAACGUUUAGAUAGUCGUGCUAGCUAUAGCUAGCUAACCGGUUUGGACCACAGACAUAUUUACAUGGUUUGACAUACUGUACACCGAUAAAAUGGAGCUGUUUCAAGCCAAAGACCAUUAUAUUCUCCAGAGUGGCGAUCAUGCUCUUUGGUGUAGCCGAAUAGAUGGGACCAUGAACGCCAGACCUGCAACAGACCUUCUGUUAGCUUGGAACCCAGUGUGUUUGGGCCUGGUUGAGGGUCUCAUCGGGAAAAUACAACUUCAUACAGAUCUUCCUCUGGGUCUCAUACUGAUCCGCCAAAAAGCGCUGGUUGGCCAGAUGCCAGGUGACCACAAAGUCUACAAGAUCACCAAGAUAGCUGUCAUUCCUCUGUCUGAGGAAGAGCCACUGGAUCUGGAGCUGGAGCUUUGUAAGAAGCAUCACUUUGGGAUCGACAAACCAGAGAAGCUUGCACCGUCUCCAGAUGAGUCGAAGUACCUGAUGAAAACUCUGAGUCAGAUCAAGUCCAAUGUUGGGGCUCCCACUAAGAAAAAGGUCAAGGAAAACAAAGAGAAGGAACGUCUCGAGAGGCGGCUGCUCGACGAGCUGUACAAGAUAUUCAUGGACUCCGAUUCCUUCUACUACAGCAUGACUUAUGACCUCACCAACACUGUGCAGCGGCAGGGAGACACAGAAAAGUCCAACUUACCCCAAUGGAAACAGGUGGAUGACAGAUUCUUCUGGAACAAACACAUGGUCCAGGAGCUAAUUGAUCUGCAGGUUCCAGAGGUGGACUUCUGGGUGACACCCAUCAUUCAGGGCUUUGUGCAGGUGCAGGAGCUGGUAGUGAAUUACAACGAGAGCCCAGAGGAGGAGAAGAGCAGCCCCGAUACGCCGCUCCAGGAGCUCACCUGCGUGGACGACAUCCACCCGCGCUUCACCGUGGCCCUCAUCUCCCGCCGCAGUCGCCACCGCGCAGGGAUGCGGUACAAACGCAGAGGGGUAGACACAGAUGGACACGUGGCUAACUUUGUGGAGACAGAGCAGCUGAUACACGUGCACAACCACUCACUGUCUUUUGUGCAGAGCCGCGGUUCGGUGCCUGUCUUCUGGAGCCAAGCAGGCUACCGCUACAACCCCAGGCCUCGGCUGGAGAAAGGGCACUGGGCAAGCUAA